AUGGCGGCUGCGGCGUCCGAGUCACUGCCUUCGGGUGGCCCCGGGUCUGUGCGGCUGCCGCGCUCACCGCCGCUCAAGGUGCUGGCAGGGCAGCUGCGGCGGCACGCAGAGGGUGGCCCGGGCGCGUGGCGGCUGUCGCGGGCGGCGUUGGGCCGCGCGCCGCUGGAGCUGGCGGCGGUGUGGAUGCAGGGCACUGUGCUGGCGGCGGAAGGGGGCCAGGCGCGGCUGCGCGACCCGAGCGGGGCCUUCUCCGUGCGCGGCCUGGAGCGCGUACCACGCGGCCGGCCCUGCCUAUUCCCAGGAAAGUAUGUGAUGGUGAUGGGGGUGGUUCAAGCCUGCAGUCCUGAGCCCUGCCUGCAGGCCAUGAAGAUGACUGAUCUUUCUGACAAUCCUGUCCACGAAAGCAUGUGGGAACUGGAGGUGGAAGACUUACACAGGAACAUUCCUUAGAGCUGGGACCUUCUAAGAACAGCUUCCCCACAUGGGUCUCAGGGACAUCACAAAAGUGUCUUGAAGAGAUUUCCUUUGGUUGAACCAGACGUCUGGACCCUGGGAGCUGGAGCUUCAGUUGUCUCAGCCACUCCUCUCUGCUGGUGCUUUGCUUGCUGAUGAGAAGCAGAUGCCCCCCCUCCCCCACUUACACGUGUUCCUGUGUCUCGCUGAAGCACAAGGAAAGCUCAUGUUGUCCUUUUCUGAUUUUGUGAGUGAUAACACUUUCUCCUUGACUGUACUUCUGAAUUUCAGUUGUUGCCAAUGGAUUAAAACUACAGACAGGAGGACAGAAUGGCGUAUUAGUGGCCUGCCUCUGAUUGCCAGCUAUUGCUGUCUCGUAGGGGCAGGUGCCAGCCCUUGCUGACACCUCUCUCUCUGCUUCAAUGAGCUCAUUCCUCGUUGUCUGUUUCCUGAGUUUCCAGAGCUGAGGCCAGCUGUUGAGAAUGGUUGGAAUUCUCACAAUUCUCUGUUGAACUUAAAAAUCCAAGAUGGAUACAGACUUUUCAAACACUUCUGUUUCAAAAUUGUUGUGGAGAAACAGCCAGGGUGGGAAUAGCCUGCAGGCUUAGAGUCCUGACCUCCUUUCUGGAUGAAAUGCCUUUCUGUUGGGAUUGUAUCAGUGUUGGGGUUGGCUUUCUGCUGAUCACCCAGGCUAGAUUCAUAUUUGGAUGGCAAAGACCAAGAAGUCCGUCUUAUGAUACAAUUGCUGCAGGACUUUUUUGUAUGGUGUAGUUUUUAAACGUAAGCUCUAUUAUCUGUUUGUCUUAAAGACAGUGUCAUAAGACAUAGCUCAGGUAGUCUCCAACUCAUGAUCCUCUCCUCUGCACUCCAGACUGUUGAGAUUACUGGUGUGCACUACUAUGUCUGCAGUGCUGGGGUUGGGACCCAGGGCUUUCUUCAGGCUAAGCAAACACUGUAUUACUAAGCCACGUCUCCAGCCUAAAAUGUUGAUUUAUUAAAAUAGUUUUAGGUUUUCAGAAAGUGUUCCCAUAACCGUCAUUGAGGCUACGGCCGUGUAUGUGUUAAGCGAACACCGUGUCAAUGAGCUCGAGCCGCAGCUCUUUGUCUUUAAGGCUAGCCUUCUGCCUCAGCCUCCAGAGUGCUGCUGUCAUGGCCUGCACCUUACACUCAGCCCCCACGCCCAGCCUCACCUGGAUUGCCAUGAGCAUCGGGUGGUAGUUGCCACCAGGAAAGCCCAGAAGUCACUUGGCAGGAAAGCAACAGAGCGAGGACGGCGGACGAGAGAGGAUGAGGGCUUAGUGAGGGAUGAGAGAAGACACAGGUGAUGUAGACCUGCCUCCUUCCUGCCCCCCCCCCCUUAGAAAAAGCAUCAAGGCCUGGAGCCCAAUUUGUAGCUCAGGCAGACCUCAGAUUUACCAUCUUCCUGCUCCUCUCUCCCUGAUUACAUGGAUGCCUUUAAAAAAAAAUUUAUCUUUAGUUAUGUGUAUGUGGGAUGCUUUGGAGCCCAGCAUAGAGUGUUGAUAAAUAAACUUAGUCACUUAUCAGACCCAUGCCAGGCAGCUCACAACUUCUAUAAUUUCCUAUAGUUCCUAAUCGUCUGAU